AUGAGUAUACAAGAGAAUGAGUCGAGGCAUGUCCCUCAAUAUCCCGGUGAUGAUAGCCGGCCGACGAGCAAGAGGGAGCUUGCUGGCUGGUACUGCUAUGGCUGGGCUGCAGAGGUGUUCGUCGUCUGUGCCAUGGGUUCAUUUCUUCCGAUAACACUGGAGCAGAUGGCCCGGGAUCGGGGGGUCCUUCUGUCAGACAAGACAACACCGUGCAGUGCAACCUGGAGUCCCUCCCUGCCACCACCAGGCUCGGACGCCUCGGGAUAUCAACCCCAGGGGUCAGAUGGCAGCCAAUGCAUCAUUUAUUUCCUCGGCGCUGAGAUAAACACUGCAAGCUUCGCCUUGUAUACCUUCUCACUAAGCGUCUUGGUUCAAGCAGUCCUGAUUAUCUCAAUGUCAGGUGCCGCCGACCAUGGAAGCUAUCGCAAGACGCUCCUGAUCAUCUUUGCUUUCAUUGGCUCAAUUGCUACGAUGUUAUUUCUAGUUAUUGUUCCCAAGCUUUACCUUCUGGGUGGGCUGCUUGCAAUUAUUUCCAAUACUUGCUUUGGUGCGUCCUUUGUCCUCCUUAACUCAUUUUUGCCUGUUCUGGUCCGACACCACCCGUCAUUGUUGAAAGAAGAAGACGAGGCAACGACUUCUGGUGAUGCUCAGGCACCACAUAGAGAAACCACUCUAUCUUCCUCGGCCGGAAACAUCGACAGGGCACUUCCGGAUGCUACCACGCCGCUACUACGACCCAACAGGGAAGCCGAGGAGACUACUACGACCACGACUUCCCUGGAGCUCAAACUUUCCACCAGAAUCUCAUCCAACGGCAUUGGCAUCGGAUAUAUAGGUGCAGUUAUUUUACAGAUACUUUCCAUAUUGGUCGUGGUGGUUGUGCGCCCGCCAACUUUCUCGUUACGUCUUGUUUUGUUCCUAAUUGGAUUGUGGUGGUUCGUUUUCACCAUACCGGUAGCAGUAUGGCUGCGCCCUCGUCCAGGCCCACCAUUACUGGGAGGCGACGGCAAACCGCUCCAUUCCUGGAUCGGAUACAUGGUCUACGCCUGGAAAUCUAUUGGAAAAACCGCAAUGCGGGCCCGUCACCUGAAAGACAUCGCGAUUUUCCUUGUCGCUUGGUUCCUCCUCAGCGAUGGGAUUGCAACUGUCAGUGGCACUGCGGUAUUGUUUGCAAAAACUCAAUUGGAUAUGAAGCCGGCUGCCCUGGGACUGAUCAACGUGAUCGUUAUGCUUGCAGGGGUUUUUGGUGCGUUUUCUUGGAGCUAUGUCUCAACAUUCUUCAACCUCCGGGCCUCACAAACGAUCAUCGCAUGUAUCAUCCUGUUUGAGCUCAUUCCGCUGUAUGGCCUUCUAGGUUUCAUCCCAGCCGUGAAACGCUCAGGGCUUGGUCUCCAUCAGCCCUGGGAAAUGUACCCACUCGGAGCAGUUUAUGGCCUUGUUAUGGGUGGGCUCUCAUCCUACUGUCGAAGCUUUUUUGGUGAGCUCAUACCCUCGGGCUACGAAGCAGCCUUCUAUGCGCUUUAUGCCAUCACCGACAAAGGAUCCAGCAUUUUUGGUCCAGCCAUUGUCGGCGCCAUCACCGAUCGUUACGGUGAGAUCCGACCAGCGUUUGCAUUCCUAGCAGUCCUCAUUAUUGUACCACUGCCGCUCAUGCUUUUGGUGGAUGUUGACCGCGGCAAACGAGAUGCCAAGGCAUUGGGGGCUGAACUAGAUGGCAUACCAAAAUCAUCUGGAUAUGGGUCUAUAUCUUCUGGCGUUCCAGUCGAAGAUGAUGGGAUUGAGUAG